CUAAGCUAGGCAGGUCUCAUCAGGCUUCUGAAAGCCUGGGCCUUCGGGUUUAAGAAAUGCCCAGCCCAUCUUUUCAAAACCGAAGAAACCAAAGGAUGAUAGCUUCUUUUCUGUCAGGCUUAUCCAAAUCUCUCUCUCGUCCGGAGAGUGCGAAAAUGGCUCUCCUCUGCUUCAGUCCGCCUCCGAUACUCAGUUCCUCGCUUUCUCCCUCCUCAACUCCGACAUUUCCCAUGGUGGCCGCUCAAUUGUCUAGGCUGCAAAUUAAGCCAAUUGAUCCUCGCCUGAAAUCUUUUAAUGGGGUCAUUGUUGGUACUCAGUCUGUUUUCCCCAAAAGAUUUCCGAAGACUGUGAAGGCAUCUUCUGCAAUUGAUGGGGCGAGUGCGUCGGAUGCUGGCGAGCCCCCGUCGGAAACUAAGGAUGAAGCAGUGGCAGUCGAUAAGCUGCCUUUGGAGUCCAAGGUGCAGCAAAGGCAGGAGCAGCAGCUAAGGAUGAAGCUUGCUAAGAAAAUUAGGCUCCGGAGGAAGCGGCUCCUGCGCAAACGGAAGAUGAGGAAGAAGGGCAGAUGGCCUCCUUCCAAGAUGAAGAAGUUGAAGAAUGUCUGAGCUUUGCAGGCAAGGGAAAAAGCUGGCCACAGUUAAAAAUGAGGCGCAAACCUCCCAUGGCAAUUAGCUGUUGGAGCCAAGAAGGGCUCUCCAUUUUUUUCUCAGAGAGUGAUACCUUAGUAAAUGGAAGUGUUGGCAAUUAUGUCAAAGUUACCUCAGGAGCAAAACAUAUUGUAUGUCUGUCUCUAAUUUCUUCAAUGAUUUGCCAUUUUUGCGCAUGGAAAAUGAGAUGCUUGACUAUGAACACAUUUUGAAGAUCGAUUACUACUAGAAAAUAACAAUCUCAACAGCAUAAAAUGGUCUAAUAUGAUUCAGUGUUUGGCAGGAUUGAUUAUUGAAUUAUGUAUUAUACUGUUUAGUUUGUAUUUUGUAUUUAUUUGACAUGGGAAGGACUAAGAGCAAUCACAAAUACAGAAGGGAUUAAAAUGCUCACUCUCUACCUCAGUACUAGGCAGAUUUCAUUGUUAUUUCAUGGAUCAUAGAUGCUUAAUUGCUCAUUUUCCUUGAUCUGCUUUUGCAUUCUUUCAACUAAUGUAUAAAAUUACCUGUGUUAA